AUUGAUCCAAAUGAAGAUAUUGGAAUUAUGUAUGCUGGCAAAUUCGAAUUGGAUCCCUUAGCUGACUUCUACCACCCAGCUCUAAUUCUGCCUUUAUCUAUCUUAGCAGUUAGAUUGGAUAUUCGUGAAAAAUUUAUUAUUAGCGUGAAGUCUGCUGUUAUAGGAGGA